AUGGACUCCCUCCUUAACUCCGCCAUCGAAGAAAUCUGCUCGCACCUCCACGACGGCCUCUCUCUCCAAACCCUCUGGUCCCGCCUCGACCCUUCCCUCUCCUCCUCUCCCUCCCUCAAACAAUCCCUAUGGGACUCACUCCGCUCCGUCCCCACCCUCAAAUUCCUCGCCCCCCAAAAUUACCAUUACGCCCCCGCCGACCCUUCCAUCCACUCCUUCCAAGCCGCCGAGAAUCUCAAUCUGAAACUCGUCGCCGACGAGUCCCUCCGCAACAACUUCAUGGGCCUCUACAAUGUCGACUCCGUCAACUCCAACUUGUCCUCCGUCCAACGCCACACUCUCCAACGCGUCGCCAUGGCCAGGACCAAUGGGAUUACGCAGACUCAGCUUGCGAAGGAGCUGGGCAUUGAGGGGAGGAACUUCCAUUAUGCUGUGAAGAAUCUCGAGUGUCAAGGCUUACUUGUGCGGAAAUCUGCGCUGUUGAGGUUAAAAGAAGCUGGUGAUGAGGGGGAGCCGAGGAACAAUCCGAGUGUGACCACUAAUAUGUUGUACUUGUAUCGGCACGCAAAGCAUUUGAGUGCCCAGCAGAAGAUUGAGAUCAUAAAGGAAGAGAGAGCUGAGGAGAGUUUUGUAAAUGUGACAGAAAGCGAAAAAGGAGAUGUUUCUGCUGGAAGUGUGCUUGUCAAGGACUUUCUACCGGCAAUGAAAGCAGUGUGUGAUAAACUUGAAGAAGCAAAUGGCAAGGUUCUUGUCGUUGGGGAUAUUAAGAAGGAACUUGGUUACUGUGGAACUUCAGGGCAUAGAGCUUGGAGAAAUAUUUGUCAGAGGUUGAAAGCUGCUCAGCUUGUGGAGGUGUUUGACGCUAAAGUGAAUGGAAAGGUUAAUAGUUCUAACUUGUGCAGUACUGUUUUUGUUGAACCUGUUUCUCAGGAUUGGGUUGAGAGUUGCCUGCGUUUUGUAGAAAAUUCUUCUCCAACGAGAGUUGAUCCAAGAACAGUUGUACAUGUAGAUGAGGAUUUUGUUGAAGAACAAAACGUGAAAUUCGGAAAGAAAUGUAAAAUCACUGACCAACUUGUAGAACUUCCUAUUGAGCAUCAAAUUUAUGAAAUAAUAGAUGCUGCAGGAUCAGAGGGCUUGACCAGGAAUGAGGUUAUGGAGAGACUUGGAAUUGACAACAAGAAAAAUUAUGCCCGCUUUGUUACUAUGUGCUCAAGAUUUGAGAUGAGUCUGCAACCAGAAAUGCACAAAAAAGCCGUGGCAUAUCGAUUUCGGACAUCGGGGAAACAUGAAUCUGAAUCAAUUAAUGCAUUUCUUCAAAAAUCGAAAGAUGCUAAUGACGGUAAACUUUCUAGCCUAUAUGAUGGAAGUGUAGAUGCUCUGAAGUCUGAUCAAUUUCAACCCGGCUCAGUGUCAGAUUGUUUGUCUCUGAAAGGAGUAACUGCUGGCCCUGAAAAUAUCAAUAACACAGAGGCUAAUACUGAUCCUUCUGCUGGAUCUCUUGGGUGUAAUGAGUUGUACAAUAUGCCGGAAACUUCCCAACAAUUAUUUCUUGGACCAAAAGAUACUACUUCUGAUUCUCAAGUUAGUUUAGCAAGCACAGGAGUGGAAACAAAUAGCGCCUUAUCAGAAAGACCAGCUGCUUUGUCAAAGCCACUGAGUAAAGGCUCAGAUCCGAGGUAUCCAUGUUUGUCUUUGACCGUGGAUAACACUAGAAGGGAAAAGAGGAUAGUUGAACGGCUAGAGGGCGAGAAGUUUAUUUUAAGAGCUGAGCUGUAUAGAUGGCUUGUGAGCUUAGAGACGGAUAAGUGCACAGCAACUGACAGGAAAACAAUCGACCGAAUUUUACAUAAACUUCAACAGCUAGGGCACUGCAAAUGUAUAGAUAUUAGCGUCCCUGUUGUCACAAAUUUGGGCCGUUCCCGAACCACUGUAGUGGUUCUGCACCCAUCUGUUCAGAGUUUAACUCCUGAACUUGUUUCUGAAAUUCAUGAUGCAUGGAGGUCUUUUGAGAUUCAAAGUCGUGGCAAGUGCUCAUCUCGGUGGCGGGAGAAGAACAGUGGACCAGUUCCUGUACUAGAAGAUGUUCAGAGAACCCAGACCCAUCUUAGCGCACACCGACAAACAGUGAGUUCAGAAGCCAUGCGUGCUAAUGGAUUUAUUCUGGCAAAAAUGGUUCGUGCAAAAUUGCUGCAUAGUUUCCUGUGGGAAUACCUGUAUGGUUCGUCUGGCUCUAAUGAUGCUUUAUUAUCUGGAAAAGAUGUUAUUGAGCCGAAAGAUCCUUGCAGUACUAGCAAAUUGUUUUCGCUAGAGGCAACAAUGAAGGCCAUUCCAGUUGAAUUGUUUCUACAAGUUGCAGGAUCCACCAAAAACUUUGAAGAUAUGAUUGAGAAGUGUAAGAGGGGUUUAUGUCUCUCUGAUCUCUCUAGUAAAGAAUACAAGUCUCUGAUGGAUAGCCAUGCAACUGGAAGGCUCUCAUUGGUGAUUGACAUUUUACGACGAUUGAAGCUGAUUCGAAUGGUUUGUGACCACCGCUCAGAAAAUGGACUCCAAGUUCAUCCUCCCAUUAUAUCUGCAUAUGCAUUGGAACUUAAGCCUUAUAUAGAGGAACCUGUUUCAAAAGAUGCUAUAUCUUUGAGAUUUGGAUCUCUUGAUCUUCGUCCACGAAUCAGACAUGAUUUUUCCCUAUCAAACAGAGAAGCUGUUGAUGAGUAUUGGCAAACUUUAGAGUAUUGUUAUGCUGCUGCGGACCCAAGAGCUGCCUUACUUGCAUUUCCUGGGUCUUGUGUUCAUGAGGUGUCCCAUCACAGGUCAUGGACUAAACUUGGAGUUAUGACAGCUGCUCAACGUGAUGAGCUGUUAAAGCGUGUUGUGAAGGAUGAUCCAAGCGAAAAGCUUUCAUUCAAAGAGUGUGGGAAGAUUGCGAAGGAUCUCAAUUUGACCCUGGAGCAGGUAAUACUAUACUAUGACUUGCUUAAUUUCAAUAUGAACAUGGUUAAUUCAGUUGUUAAAGAUGUAGCAAAAGUGCUUCGUGUGUAUUAUAAUAAGCGGCGUCAACAUCUUGAUGGGUUGCAAAAUAACAUGGAUGAAGUUCAACCUAAAAAACGUAGACGUCGUAAAAGGAAGAGAUCUUCUGAAUCUAGGUCAGUAGAUUUUACUGAAAAUGAUGAGGUAAACGGACAGCUGGAAGAACAGACACAUCCCACAGUAUCUGAUACCGUGGAACAAUUAGAAGAACUAAAUUUCUUGGUCACUUAUGAGCAUGAUUCACGUUUGCAAGCAUUGAACAAUUGUCUAGAAACUGGGCAGGAAGCUCAACCAAACGAAGAUAAUGAGGGCUGCCAUUCAAUUACUACCAAGGGGUCUUCUUCAAAAUUGAAGCCAAGAUGUUCUCGUAAAAGAAACAAGUUGCAUACAACACGUCAAAGAAGGUUUUCUUGGACAGAGGAGGCUGAUAGGAACUUGAUUAUCCAAUAUGUAAGACAUCGUGCAACUCUUGGGGCAAAGAUUCACCGGGUAAAUUGGGCUUCAGUUCCUGAUCUCCCAGCACCUCCUGUUGCCUGCAUGAAAAGAAUGGCAUCACUAAAAAGUAACAAAAAGUUUAGAUCAGCUGUAAUGAGGCUUUGUAACAUUCUCAGUGAACGAUAUGCAAGGAUCUUAAAAAAGACUCAGAAUAGGUCACUGAACAAAGAUGAUUGCAGUCUGCUUUUGCGAGAUUCUAUAGGUGAAGGUCAUGACAACAAUCUCCCCAAUAUCAGUGAUCAAAAUCUAGGGACAGCUCUUCAGAAUGAACCAUGGGAUGAUUUUGAUGACAAUUAUGUUAAAAAGUCCCUUGAGGAGGUACUUCACCACAAGAGGUUGGCCAAAUUUGAUGCCUCUACCAGAGUUGGAUCUACCAGUGAGGACCGGACAGAUCUUAACACAAGUGAAUAUGAUCCCCCGGAAUCUGAAUUGAUUGCAUCAACUGCUCCAUAUGAGGAUGUUCAGAAUCAUGGUGGCAGAGAAAAAAAAUCAGCACGAAGAUCUAACUAUCAACACCUUAAUGAAAAGUACUUUAAGCUUUUGCAUGGAGUUGAUGUCAGUACACAAGUCUACAAAUCAUUAGCUGUUUCGAAUGCUGUAGAGCUGUUUAAGCUUGUUUUCUUGAGUACCUCAACAGCACCAGAAGUGCCAAAUCUGCUUGCAGGCGUUCUACGGCGGUACUCGGAGUGUGAUCUAUUUGCAGCUUUCAACUAUCUUAGAGAUAAAAAAUUCAUGGUUGGGGGUAAUGGCAGUCAAAAAUUUUCCCUCUCACAACAGUUUUUGCAUAGUACCUCCGCAUCACCAUUUCCAACUAAUUCUGGGAAGAGAGCUACUAAAUUUGCCCAUUUUAUCCACGAAAAAGAUAAACAUCUUAUGGAAGGGGGGAUUGAUCUCUCCACAGAUUUACAGUGUGGGGAGAUAUUCCAUUUGUUUGCUCUAGUUUCUUCAGGUGAACUGUCAAUUUCCCCAUGCUUGCCAGAUGAAGGUGUGGGAGAGGCUGAAGAAUCAAGAAGCUCAAAACGUAAAGCCGAUAUCAAUGAACUUUUAGAUGAUGAAAGGACUAAAAAGCUAAAAUCAUUUGUGGCUGCAGAAGGUGAAAUUAUUUCCCGUCGAGAAAAAGGUUUCCCGGGUAUCUCAGUCUCUGUAAGUCGUAAAGAAUUCUCUACAGCUAAUUGUAUAGAUUUGUUCAAGGAAGACACUCCUAUUGGUGAAAAGCAUUUUGGGGGAAGUCAACACCUAGAAUGUACUUCUGUUGGAAGUAGCUUAUCCCAUUCUGACUGUAUGAAAGAAAUCUUCAGUUCAGGCAGUACUGCCCCUGUAUUAGAGCUUGGUUGCGACUCACCUUGGGAAGGUAUGGUGGGCUAUGCUGGACAUUUGUUCCCAUUACAUUCUGCUCAAGAUCAAUCCAGUCCCAUCCGUCCGGAGGUUUUUAAAGCUGUUUACACUGCUAUUCAGAAAGCUGGGGAUCAAGGUCUGAGCAUAGAAGAAGUUUCCCGAAUAACAAAUAUCCCAGGAGAAAAGAUGACUGAUGUUAUCAUUGAUGUACUUCAGACAUUUGAACGAGUCUUAAAGGUCAAUGCUUAUGACUCUAUUCGUGUUGUGGAUUCUUUGUAUCGGGGCAAGUAUUUUAUGACUUCAGUGUCCGGAGUUGAUCGAAAACUUGAACCACCUUCAUGGAGAAAGCCACAAGGGAAAAAUGAUGACCAUAUAGUUAUCCAUUCAGAAAAUUGUGAUACUGGUGCUGCUCCAGAGAGGGAGAUAAAUGCGGAUGUCCAUAAAUUGACAAUUCUUAAUUUCCCUGAAGAGGUUGAUGAGCUCUUGUAUGAAAAACAAACUGAAAGCUAUAGGGAAAGUAAAGGAGGAGAUGCUGAGGAUGAAUCUUCUAGAUCCUCUAAUGAUAGACUAUGCAUGCCUAUAUUCCCAUGGAUAAAUGGUGAUGGUACCACCAACAAGAUUGUCUACAAGGGACUCAGGCGACGUGUGCUUGGGAUUGUGAUGCAAAAUCCAGCUAUAUUAGAGGAUGAAAUUAUUCACCGGAUGGAUGUAUUGAAUCCCCAGAGCUGUAGAAAAUUGUUGGAGUUGAUGGUUCUGGAUAACCAUCUUCAUGUCAGGAAGAUGCAUCAAACUACCUGCGCUGGGCCCCCUCCAAUUUUAGGUGCCCUCCUUGGAAGCAGCUAUAAACCAUCAAAGCUAGUUUGCCGUGAGCACUACUUUGCAAAUCCCAUGAGUACAUCCUUGUUGUAGGGACGUUUUACGUGCGUUAAGUCUGUGUUUAGAUAUAGUUCCAGGUGUUUUGUCGGUUAAGUUAGCUGUGUAGGAUGGCUAGUUAUAGUUUAGUGUAAAAAUAUUUUUGUACACUAACAAGUUAGUCUCUGUACAGCUUUGUAUGUGCAUCUAUUUUUGCUGGCCUGUGCUUUGCAAUGUGUAUAUCAUGUCCUUCCCAAUCGAUAAAUUGUUUAUUAACAAGGUUUAUAGGUGCUGGAUUUGCAGCCUUGUUCUUC